AUGGACGCAGCCGCGGAGCAGGAACUCAUCAAGUUGCUCGACCCGGACUUGGCGGGGCUUUUGCAAUGCAAGGACGUGUCUCUGGUGAAGGCCAAACUUGCAGAAAAGACGAUGAGGACUUUGAGCCGCCUUUGGGCUACGGCCGACGGCGCCAACAGGGUGUGCGCGACUCUUGUGCUAAGUCCUUGGGUGGAUCCCGCCGUUGGUGACAAGAUGGUCGAGAUCGCAUCAGUCGUGGAGUCAUGGGAGGCGGCCCAUGCCCGCGUGGAGGCAAGAAGCAAAGCUGAGGCGGAGGCUGUAGUCGGCGGCUUGCCCAAAGCAGUGGCACGCCCGGAGCUCCGCCUUGAGGCCUCUUUCUAUACCUUGCAGGACAAGCUAGUGCUUGCCAGCGCGACACUGGAACAGCGCUUCGACACGAUCGAUCAUGGGGAGUGGCAAUACUUGUCGUCCAAACUCGAUCUCGUUAUGCCAUUCAAUAGUACGAAGUAG